AUGCCUUCCUCUACUGCUUCGAAUGCUACACGUGCUACCUCAACUUCUGGAACCAAUGUUCGUCGAAGAACUACUGUAGACGCAACCACCGGUCACUGGGAUCUCGGAAAGACCAUCGGUGCAGGCAGUAUGGGAAAAGUAAAGCUGGCUCGCAACAAGGAGACUGGCGAACAAGUUGCUGUCAAAAUCGUCCCUCGCCAGUCAACCGACGAGCAUCGCAAUGCCCAGGAUCGCGAAAGAGCCGAUCAUUCCAAAGAAGUGCGUACCGCUCGUGAAGCCGCUAUUGUCACUUUGGUCGAUCACCCCUACAUCUGCGGUAUGCGAGAUGUUGUGCGCACCAACUACCACUGGUACAUGCUGUUUGAAUACGUCAACGGUGGUCAGAUGCUUGACUACAUCAUCUCGCACGGUCGCCUGAAGGAGAAGCAGGCGCGUAAGUUUGGUCGCCAAAUUGCCAGUGCACUCGACUACUGCCACCGCAACAGCAUUGUCCACCGUGAUCUCAAGAUUGAAAACAUUCUUAUCAGCAAGACUGGCGAUAUCAAGAUUAUCGACUUUGGCUUGAGCAACACCUUUUCGCCCAAGGGCCUUCUCAAGACUUUCUGUGGUUCUCUUUACUUCGCCGCACCCGAGCUUUUGCAGGCAAAAGCUUAUACCGGCCCCGAAGUUGAUGUCUGGAGUUUUGGCAUUGUUUUGUACGUCCUUGUCUGUGGCAAGGUACCGUUCGACGACCAGAGUAUGCCGCAGCUGCACGCCAAGAUCAAGAAGGGAGUAGUAGAAUAUCCGCCCUGGCUGAGUGCAGAGUGCAAAAACCUGAUCGCGCGUAUGCUUGUGACAGAUCCUGCGCAACGUGCUACUCUUGCAGAGAUCCUGGUACAUCCCUGGAUGACGAAAGGAUUUGGUGGUCCUCCCGAGAACUACCUCCCUCCUCGUAAACCCCUACAACUUCCAUUGGAUCCACGAGUUCUUAAGAAGAUGGACGGCUUCGAUUUUGGUACUGCAGAAUACAUCGAGCAACAACUCACCAAGAUUGUACAGUCUGAAGAGUACCAAAAGUCUGUGGUCGCCAUGGAACGCCGCCAACAAUCUGGCCUUGCGGACUCCCAAAACAAGCAAAGUGGCAUGUUCGACUUCUAUAAACGACGGAAGUCCACAACGAGUCGUGAUACUCUGACUGGCCCUUCGUCUGAAGCUGUUCAAUUGGGCACAGACCCUCUAAAUGCCUACAACCCAUUGCUCUCCAUCUAUUUUCUGGUCAAGGAGAAGAUUGAACGCGAAGAGAGGGAGUCAAACCCAGGCGUACUGUCCAUGCCACGCUCACCUGGCGAGAAGCCAUUGCAGCUGCCGGAUCUCCAGCCACCCGCGGCUGCUUACACCAACACUGCUGCGUACGAGAUGGCUGGAGAGGCACCAACAGGAGGCCGAAGUCGUCCACGCGCCAGAACGCACGGCGAGGAUGAGUUGCAAGAAGAUGCGAAGAAGGCGAGAUCGACCAAUCGCGUGCCACCAGUGCCAUCUCCUGCCAUUGUUCUACCUCCACCUGAUCACACGCCAGUAAAGAAGGAGAGCGCUGCAGUGGGCCUACUGCGCAGGCUAAGCACCAGACGACACAAGGACCCUGAAAGGCCAGCCCCAGCAGCGACCAACGAUGCCUACACGACCCCAAGAAAGAGUUUCAGCAUGAGGAGACAGCGAGACCCAAGUGCCAACAGACUACAGCCAGAGCCUGCUGUCGAGAAGCCAGCAGAACUACUUACACCAACCCCAGAGCGCACCAGUCUAGGACGUUCUACUAGUGUCAGCGCUGCCGAGCACAGUCGUGAUACUUCUCGCCGAGGUGUAUCUGAGGGUUCAAGCGUUCGACCGACAGCCAUGACCCCUCAACCCAGCAGACGCGGCGAUAGACAGUACGGUGAUGCGUCUUCGGAUGCUGAAACCUCUGGUUCCAGAACAAUGCCCCUGACCUCAAGGACCAAAUCGAUGGGUCACGGUCGUAAGGAGAGUUUCCAAGCACGCAGAGCUCGAAGAAUGGAUACCCGCACUGAAGACGUACCGGAAGAGACUGAUCAAGACUUGCGGGAGGUUGAAGCAGUCCGCUCGACUAAUGGCGCCAGCGAGAGCCCGAAUGGCAUCAAACCUGUCUACCUCAAGGGCUUGUUCAGUGUGUCAACUACCAGUUCCAAGCCUCUGGCUGUGAUUCGCACAGACAUCAUCAGAGUUUUGAAGCAGCUUGGCGUCGAGUACCGCGAGAUCAAGGGCGGUUUCAGCUGUCGUCAUGCUCCCAGUAUCGACAUGGAGAAGCCUAAGGAUGACCAAGCAGCCAUGGGUUAUGGAAGUCACAGACGAAAGAUCAGUUUCGGUGGGUUGAUGGGAGGAGGCAAUACCGAACCAACGACACCCACACCUCCUCGUCCGAGACGCGAUAACAGCUACACUGCUAGCGACAGUUCUGAUGAUGACGAGGAGAGAAGAGUUCGCGGGCAGCAGCAUAACCGAGCCGCUGGUGAAACAUCGACACAUGUGCAGAGUGAUCUGGGCGAAGGCAUGGUACUCAAGUUUGAGAUCUUCGUGGUCAAGGUGCCUUUGUUGAGCCUGCACGGGAUCCAGUUCAAGAAGGUGGAUGGCGGCACGUGGCAGUACAAGAACAUGGCGCAAACCAUCUUGAACGAGCUGAAGCUGUAG